AUGAGACACGGCGCCGGAGCGGUGCCACUGCUGCUCAACAUGUACCUGCCAGCUCUCUCCCUCUCUCCUCCCUACCCCAGCCCGCGGGAUUUUCUAUUCCUAUUUAAGAGCUUCUCCGGCUCGGUCGGAAAUCGGAUUUCCUUUUUCCUGGACGCGUUUCCUGGCUUGGCGGCGGCGGCGGGGCAGGCGAGGGGGAGCGGCCGGGGGCUGCGGGGAGGCUGCCCGCGGGUGGGCGCCGGGGGGUUGCGGUUCCACCUGGCUCCAGCUUCCCCCUCCACCCCCUCCCGCGCCCCUUUUUCCCCCCUAGAUCCAGUCGGGGAAACUUUGUUCAAAGACGGGAAGAACCAGGCGUGGGGGUCUCUCAGCCCCGGCGUGCAGAAAGGCAGCGGGCAGAUCCAGCUGUGGCAGUUCCUGCUGGAGCUGCUCUCGGACCGGGCCAACCUCAACUGCAUCGCCUGGGAAGGCACCAACGGGGAGUUCAAGCUGAUCGACCCCGACGAGGUGGCGCGGCGUUGGGGCGAGCGGAAGAGCAAACCCAACAUGAACUACGACAAGCUGAGCCGGGCGCUGCGCUACUACUAUGACAAGAACAUCAUGACCAAGGUGCACGGCAAGCGCUACGCCUACAAGUUCGACUUCCACGGGCUGGCGCAGGUGUGCCAGCCCACCACCCCUGAGCACGCCCUCUACAAAUUUCAGGGCAACCUGGCCCCACUGCCCUUCUCAGGCAUCUCCAAACUCAACCUCAUGACGUCCAGCGUGACACCGGCCGGCUUCUCCUACUGGCCCGGCUCCAGCCCGUCCCUCUACCCUGGGCACGGGCUCCAGCCCUCUGCGCCGUUCAGCGCCAUGGCAGCCUCCCACCUCAACAACAUGAACAACCAUUACCAUUAGAGGCUAAGCUGGGGAGCUCAGCAGGGAGGGAUUUGGGGGGGGUGGGAUCGUGCCCUGCUCUCCGUUUGCCCACUUAGAGCUGGAAAGUGGUGGCGAGGGGCAGAGGGUGCUUGCAGGGUAGCUGAGUUGGUUCCCGUCUAAAUUUAGGGUGAGGAGGGAUCCCUGAUCCUGACAGCAUGGAUGUGGAUGUCUAAAGCAGGGUGUGAAUGGAAGGAAAAACCACAGUCUCGCCUCCUGGCAGGGACCAUGCAGCCCCUUUCCUUUGCAACAUGCCACCCACCCCACAAAUGUCCUUAGCUCUGCCCGCAGCCUGUGCCUGCCCUCCCCUCUCCCUGCAGAGAGGCAGCAGGGCCUGAGGCCCCAGGGCAUCUGUGUGAGGGUCUCACUGGGCAUGGAAAGGGGACCCUCCUUGCUGCCCCUUGGUCUCCCACCUUUGUCUUCAAAGCCUUCCUUUCCUCCAGCCCUCCUGCAUCUCCUGCUGUUGGUGGCUUCUUCCAGACCUCAGGAGAAGCCUUAGAGCAGAGAAUAGAUGCCCUUCAUGGGUUAACUCCUGCUCAGGGCAGGGUUCAGGGGCUGGAGGUGCCAAGGGCAAGUGUGAGAGAUACUGUGAACCCUCAGGGCAAGGCCAGAGCCCGGAGGCAGCACAGCUUGGCCCCUCUCCUCAGUGCCUGAGGACCAUGCCACAGAGCAGGAUGGUUCCCAACACCCUGCACACAGGCCGCUUCCACGUUUAAUGCUCCAGUUUUAUUGUGGCUUUAGCCCCCCACAUGCAGGGCUUGGUGGGAUACACUCCAUGGGUGGGGAUGACCCCAGAGACAAGGCUGGGUGGGAGGUGGAGCAGGAGAAGGGAUGACAGCAGGACUGGGAGCCCCAGGCACCAAGGGGCAGCCCUGGGUCUCUCCUCCCAGGGCCAAGGAGGUGCCCCCAUCCUCCGGAGCAGGACUUUGUCCCAGUGGAUGCAGAAGAGCUGGGCAUGCUGGGCUGUGCACUGGCUGGGGGAGGGAUUGGUCUUCAAUAAAACAGAGAGGUGCUGUGA